AUGGAGCUGAAGAAAGGGCAGAUCAUUCCAGGCAUGGAACUCGCCAUCCAGGAGCUGUCCUUAGGUUCGAUUGCAGAGAUCAGGAUUCCGUCAGAUUUGGCCUAUGGGAAGAACGGCAUACCUCGUAUAGUGCCACCUGAGAGUGAGCUGAUCUUUGAGAUUCAUAUCUUGGAGGUCGAUGGUCUGCCAUGCGACGAGGACAAAUUAGGCAAGCUAGCCAGACCAGUGGAUCCGCUUGGUCUUGGCCCUGGCGAUUUCUGUCAUCCCUGGUGGCUGGCUAGGGUCCAGCCACUUGCCCCCCCCGCCUACUACUUGAACUUCUGCGCUCAGACAGCCAAGGGUCGGAAGCCAGUGUUGCUGGAGAACGCCCGGUCUGUGGCAAGAAGAAAGAGCAGUGAGCUGACCAACUUCGAUGUGGGAACUGCUGAUGAACCCUUCAUCAUCACUGACGUGCAAAGAGGAUGGCAAGCAAAUGGGCUUUGGGACCUCAAGUGGUUCGAAGAUCACUUGGGCGACAAACGGCAACUCUUGAAAUGGCUCGGCCCUGUCUUUACACGUCAGGAGUGCCUUUGGGAGGCUCCAGUCUAUGAGACCUCCGUCAGAGAGUACAUCAAAUAUAUGCGGGACUUGGAGCAGAAGGAUCCCAAUUGUGACGAAGAAAAUGCAGCUCAAUGCCCACGGCUUUACCUCAAUGGAUGGCCUGCCUUUGCGCAGUUGCCUUGGUUGCGAAGCUUUGUUCUCCCGGAUGGCGGAAGAGAAGCGGCUUCAUCCAUGCAAGGCUGCAUCGAGGAUCUCAACUUUCUCUUGAUCCGGGAGUCGGAAGCCUUGCGCGAGUCUCUUCUGGAAGGGUUGACGGCCAGAGGCAGCUAUCAACCGCCCGACAAAGCAGAGCAGACGCAAAAGCUGGAAGACGAGGAUUGGGAUUUGACGAAGAUCUUUAUGUCUCCCAAGGGUGCCAUCACUCGCCUUCACUAUGACAAUGGUGGUGCUCAUGCUGCAUCACUCAGACUGACAGCGGGCCUUGUGGGGCACAGAGACAAGUGUAGGCCUGGCUUUCCCAGAUCCAAGGACGAGAAGCAGCGCAUGGAGCAACAAGCAGCUUUGGUCCGCAGCAUUCAAGUGGGCGAUGUGAGUACUGUGAUGGGCAGCUUGCACGAUGUGGAUGCGCAACUGACCUCUCUAGGCCAAACAGCGUUGCACAUCGCCAGUGCCUCUGGUGCGUUGCCUUUGGUGGUCGCUCUACUUAAAGCGGGAGCUGAUUGCAACCGUUGCGACCGUACGGGUGCCUCGGCCGUGGCGCUGGCGGCGGCUGCAGGUCAUGCACACGUGCUGGAGAAGCUUCUCGAGUGCAACUCCAUCAAGGUGCCUACCUAUGAUGUUGCUGGCCUGACACCGGUUCACAAGGCAGUCGGUUUUGGACAGCCUGACUGCUUGAGAAGUCUGUUGGAUCAUGGGGUAGACCCCAAUGUCCCGACAGGAGAGGUGACUUUGCCAGCCGACUCUGGUGCUGCACCAUCUCGUCACGAGACUGCUUUGCAUAUUGCCACCCGAUUGCUCACGAGGGCCAUCAACAGCCCUGACGGCGCUGGGUCGUCAGAGCGGCAGCAGCUGCAGCAGCGAGAGCUCAUGCGGAUGCUGGUGAGUUAUCGGGCUAAUGCCCUGGCAAAGGAUGUGAAUGGCGACACACCUCUACACUUCAGUGCUCGCACCGGCGACUUGUGGGGUUUCUGCCUGCUUUUGGAUAGCGAUGGCGAGCAUUUGCAUCCUUUCGAAGGCGACGAAGGUCUACUGAACGGUUCUUGGCUCGACCCUUUGGACCCAGACGUCUUUGAGAAAUGGCCGGAUGCAAAGAAGGCUACACCUUACCUUGCAGUGGUGGAAGCAGGGGAGACCAUUGUGGCACCCAAGGGCUGGUGGCAUUAUGCUGUUUCACUUGACAGCUCGGUCACCAUCAUGCGGAACUUCUACAGCACAAGCAAUCAAUGGGAUUUGAUCCGGCGGAAGGAUGGGGGCUUGGCUGGGGCAAUUGCCACCCAUGCCCUCGCCUCGAUUCAGAGUGCCUCAGAGUUUGUUGUCUUGCGGAAGCAGCCCAAGCUCAAGAACCAACCAGACUCGGUCAUCCAAGAAAUCGCACAGAAAACGGUGCUGAAGUUGCGUGUGGCGCCAAAGCACCAGAUGGCCCUGUGGUUCCAUACCUUUCUAGCGUGGCUGGCUGCUGGACAAGCUGCCUUGAUUGAUGAUGUCAAUGUGGUGUGCUCGGUGCCUGAAUCAUACUCCAGAGAGAGUUUGAAGAAGCUCAUUCAAUUGAAUUGCGACAAGGUCAGCAAGUCGGUGGAAGACUUCACCUCGUUAGGGUCGGGGGAAACUGAUCUCGACCGAGGCCUUGUGAUGCUAUUGGGUGAGGAUUACAGCUUAGACAAUUUGCAGCUGGGCACGCUUUGGGCGAAGCAGACUGGAGAAACGCUUCGUUUGUGCAGGAAUCUGGAGCGCACAGAGAGGGAGUUGUGGACGCUUCCAGCCAAUGAAAGCCUUGCACAGACAAGAGAUGCGGCCACAUUGGCGGUGAAUGCGUGGGGUUCUGUAAUGUUGCAGGGCCGGAAGUGCUGCACGUUGCCAAGAGCUCCAUACUGCAUCGACACCAGUUGGUCGGCCUCGACUGUCGCCUUGCUCGUUCCCAUGGCAUGCUUGGCGAUCUUGUUCACCAUCUCGGUGGUCUCAUCAUGGAUCCUCCCGCAGCCCAGUAAAGACACCGAACAAAUGACUGAACGUGAGGAAGUCUUUCAAAGCCGACCUGGAUCUCGCACUCCUCGAGUUUCCUGCCGAAGCGCCUUGAAGAAGGAGUUGGAGCUCGCCUGGUUGGAGAGACAUUGUCUGCGGGUUUUGCCGGGAGCGCCCGACUUUGCCAACUCCACCAGUAGCCUUUUCGGUGCUUUGAAGGAGACCUUAGACUUUCAGGCAGAUAGCGUGCGGAACCAGUUCGAGCAUUUCUUGUCGCUGUGGCGCUCUUCCUGUGCCAUGGUGGCAGAUCGAUCUGUUGGAGUUGGCGCAUCCGUGAACGAAGCCAUUCUACUGCAGGAGGCUGCCGGAGACUUGUACUUUGAGAUGUUGGAUGGCUUCAUUCGCUGGAGAGACAACCUGCGAAAUUAUGAAGCCGCCACAAUGCUGAGUCUGUCGGAGGAUGAGCCGCAUUGCUGCGGAUUAGAGGGGGUGACUUUGCAGAGGCCUCGACCUCUUGGCGGUGCAAAGUGGGAGCCAUUGCAGAAGGAAGGCCUUGAUCCUUCAGCGGCCACAGUGUUGUCUCGUCAACUGGCUGAGAUGGCCACCUAUCUGCUGGUUUGGGGCGAGGCCGGCAAUGUGAGAUUUAUGCCAGAGGCCAUUUAUUUCAUCACAGAGUUGGCUUUGGCCGCCAACCCAUCGGACUUUGAAGAGAUAUACGGCGUAGCUAUCCCUGAGCCCAGUCUUCCUGGAGCCCCUUUUCGGAGCAACUUCUUUUUGAGCAAGAUCAUCCGUCCAAUCUACAAUGUUGUUUUCGAUGAGUGGUAUCAGUAUGUUGACAUAGAUCAGAACAAUCAGAAGGACAAGAAAAAAUUGAAGCCCGGUCUUGAGAACUUUCUCCCUCCGGAUGUUUCUUGGAAGGACUGGAAUGAGUUCUUUUGCGAUCCCAGUCGUAUGGUCGAGGGUUUGUUGCUGCAAGACGGCACACGUCUUUUCGAUCUCCCCCACGAGCGCCGCUUUCUGGCCUUGCCUCGCGUGGAUUGGCAGGUCACCUUAGAGGCAGCGGAGACCAAGACGCAUCGGGAGAUCCACUCCUUGUGGGGCGUCUUCGCCACGACGCAUCGAAUAGUUCUCUUGCAUUUGAUCCUUUUCUUCUCCGGUGUUUGUGCCGUAGCAGGAGACGCAGAGCCGUUGGAUGGGCAACAGCCGUUGUUGGGGAUCAGUGGCGGAGUUCGCUUCGCUGCUGUGGCCCUGGUGGUGCCCGUUCAUGCUCUAUUGUGGGCCUGCGCACGGUGGCAAGUCACAGGACGUGUCCUACGUUUGCAAGCGCCGUUGGCCUGCGCGGGACGAAGCCUUUGGAAGGCACUAUGGUGGAUGCUGCCAGUUCUGACUUAUGCUGGCAUUCGAGACUCCGCACUGGGCGAGGAUAGCCAAUUCGGUUUGCCUUUGGCACCCCUCCUAGUCUUGCACUUUGCGCUCUCGGGCACUGGAUUGGCCUAUUUGCUCUUUGUGCCCUCCGGGUCCUGCAUCAGAAGUUGCGGAAGCAAUUCCGAUCAUAUGUGGGAGAUGAGUCCCGUGCCGUUAACGGCGCGGCUGGUACGAUACUUGUUUUGGAUCGUGCUCUUUUCCGUGAAGUUCAUCUUGGGCUUGAUCAUUUUCCGCGCAAUGUACGAGGCCACAGUGGAGUUGCAGAUCGCGCUCCCGGGACGGGAGUCCGUCUCGGAGCUGUCCAGGAUCUACUACAGCACGGAAUGGGGCUCUGACUUCCUUCUUUGGUUCGUACUUUGGUUCACCACCUUGGUCCUCUUUAUUUCAGACACGCAGCUUUGGUUCACCUUGUUAUGCUCCAUCCUGGGCGUCUCCACCGUGCUAGUACAGCGCGGAUGUCGUUGCUUCACCUGGGCUUUGGAGGACUCGGUGGCCAAACUCCCCGAGCGCUUCUCCCGGAAGGUCUUGCCCUACUCCUUCGCCGGAUCGGAGAGUCGCGUGGGUGAGCAGGUGGCGCACUUUUCCCCCUACUUCCCGGCGAUUUGGGACCGGAUCCUCGAAUACAUGCGCUACGAAGACAAGAUAGACAACCAUUUAAUGGGGGACUUGUCCUUCAAAUCAGGCGAGUCUGGACAUCAAGUCUAUUGGAAACAGCUGCGCCAGCCUUUGGCCAAGCGGCGCACGCGGGAGCCCGUGUCGCCGGUCUCCCCACCGGCCACUACUGUAGCCUUCACAGAGGACACGCCAGGAGAAAAAAUCAAGGUGCCAGACAUCUUCCGAGAGAAGACGGCUUUCGAGGUCGGUUUCAAAACAUAUUGCUGCAUGCAUGAUGCCCAUUGGCCAAACAAUGCAGACGUGCAAUGGCGGCUUUUGGCCUUGUCUCGAGGACUUGGACUUCCAAUGCCACGGCCCUUCCGCGCACCUUACUUCCCUGGUCUCACCGUAUGUAUUCCACAUUAUGGCGAGUCGAUCCUGAUGUUGAAGAAGGAGCUAUUUCAGGGCCGAGAGGAGAAUGUACCUCUUAUGGACUGGCUGGCCGCCAAGUAUGAAGAGGAGUUCUUGACCUUCUCCAACCGGAUGCAGGAGGACAAAGGUAUCACGGCGGAGUUGGACCUGGUCCAUCCAAAGCAGAAGCGCCGGUACUACAGCAGCCUCAUUGAUGGUGCGUGCGAAGAUCUACCAACAGGCUUGAAGAAGGCGAAAUUCCGAGUGGAGCUGCCUGGGUAUCCGAUCUUGGGCGAUGGAAAGGGAGACAAUCAGAAUCAUGCGAUACCCUUUAUGCGAGGCGAAUUCCGCUCGAAGAAGAGGGGUGACAGCCUCUCCAAGCGCAUCGUCGGCUUUCCAGAGCACAUCACCAGCGACAUUGGUUCCAUCGGAGACUUUGCUGCUUCUGCCGAAGUGGCAUUUGGAACCAUUCUACAACGAACCUACGCUGUCCUGGGUGCACGGAUGCAUUAUGGCCAUCCCGAUAUCAUGAACAAGUUAUUCAUGAUGCAGCAGGGUGGCGUUUCCAAAGCCACCAAGACAGUCAACCUGUCCGAAGACAUUUUCGCAGGAAUGGACUUCACUUUGAGAGGAAACGGGCGGACCAUCAAGCAUUCAGAAUACUUCCACCUGGCCAAGGGCCGGGAUCUGGGCUUCAACACUGUGCUUGGAUUCUUUUCCAAGCUCUCGUCCGGCACAGGUGAGCAGGUCCUCACGCGCCAAGCCUUUCGUUUGGGGCAAGUGCUCCAUUUGCCCGAGGCUUUGACCUUUUACUAUGCACAUGUGGGAUACUACUUUACGCAACUCUUUGUCUCUUGGAGUAUGCCCUUGCUGGUCUUCGUUUGGCUUUUGGUGCUUUUGGCAGAUGAGGUCCGUGAUGGCAUUUUUGAGGCCUUCUUGAAUCUGGAGCAGGUCCAGAUGACCUCAGCGGAAGUCAUGGCAAAGACCGUAGGAGUUUGGUUCUCUUGGUUGCUUCUGCUCUUCUUGAUUGCGACGUCGCUUCCUUUGUUGGCGGAGAUGUGGAUGGAACGGAAUCUCAAGGUCGCCUGCGAGCGCUUUUUCAAGCAGAUGCUCACACUUUCCCCGCUCAUGUUCAUUUUCCAGGCCAAGAUCAUUGGGCACUAUGUCAUCAACGAGAUCCGCUACGGCGGUGCCACCUACGUCUCCACGGGCCGAGGACUCCCAACGGAUCGGCGGCCCUUCAUCGGCGAAGCGGUCCCGGGCAAGUUUCAGCUCAAACGGCUUGGUGGUUUGUACUUGGACUAUGCCUCCAUUGCUUACUAUGAUGGAGUCACUCUCCUGGCUGGCGUCAUUCUCAUCUACUUGGCUGGAGGAGUAUCAGGUGCUGGUGUGUAUUCCAGUGAUGUGUGGUGGGUCUUCAUUUGCUUGUUCCUCACUGUGGCUUCUUGGCUUUGGGCGCCCUUUAUUUUCAACCCGUACCAGUUUGUUUGGAAGCAUUUCUGUGAGGACUUUCGCUGCUUGGUGGCCUUCUUUUUGGAGGACAGUGGGAGACACUGGGUGGAAUGGUACGAUCGGACUCAGUUGAAGCCCCGGAGUGGUGGCCUUCAUCGAUCCAUGGACGCUUGGUUUGUGGUUGCGGUCUUUUUCUUGGCGGCUUGGUAUGCCAUGAUAAACAUGAAGAUCGAUGCGCUGAUGCUGGCAUACUCAGGGGCCCUUUCGAGUAACAUGCUGCACAUCGCAGCUCUACUGCCUCCGAUCGGUGCUUCCUUCACGUACUGCCUGCUGGCGGUCUUCUUCGAAUCCCUGGUGGGCUGCAGCAGCAUCUUGCGUCGACGCAUGAAAGCUCCAGGGAUCACAAUGCGCCUUGGCACCAUGGCGACAAAAGCCUUGGGAGGCCGCAGCGCCCGGGUGAGUCAAGCACCAGUGGCGAUCUCCCAGGCUCCGCAGGAGCCUGGACUGCCUGGGUCUCGCGAGAUGACCACGGCCACCGAGGAAGAGGCAGGGCGACGCGGGCGCUUGACGGCGCAUGGCCAUGGGGGCUGUCGCUUCGCAACAACCACCCGCACUGUUUGCGUCGAGAAAGAGCGCAAGGAAAGGAAUGCCUCUGUGGCCGGCUUUAUCCUGAAGUGGGGCCUCCUGAUGAUCUGCAUCUUCUUCGGUGAAGGCAUGCUGAGGCCGAACGAAGAAUGUACCACUCGCGACAGGACUAUUUUUGUCCUGGCUGCAGUGCACAUCAGCUUCUCAUCUACCGAGAUCCAGGGCAUUUGGCCCGUGCAGAGGUUGUCAUGGAUGUACUCGGCGAAGGGGAUUGGAUUGAGGAGGUUCUCCAAUGGUGGCGACACAGAUCGUGCCAGCACACGGAUUUUGAGGCUUCUGAGGCUCUUUCGUGUGGUGCGAUUGGGCAAGCUAACUCGCUUCGCUGUGUUCCUUCGAGACACCUGCGAGACUCAGGUGGCGUCUAUUCAAUUCAGUUUGGUGAUCAUUAUGACCGGCAUGAUGCUCCUCGAGCACGUUCUUGCUUGCGGUUGGUUUGGGGUUGGCUACUAUGAUUCGGCCAAUGGCAGAUCAUGGCUGCAAGAGAACAAUCUCAAGGAGGAAACCUUCUACAAGCAGUACACAGCCAGUUUGAGAUGGUCCUUCUCACAGCUUGGCAUUGGUGGAACAAACAUUGAAGCGACCAACGAACGGGAAGGAACAUACAGCAUUGCAGUUUCAGUGAUCUCUUUGGUCACAUUCUCGACGAUUGUCAGUGCAAUGACCUCCUUGGUGAGCGCUUUGCAAAGUCAGCGGAUGGAGGAGACCCAACAAUUUGGUCUACUUCGCCGGUUCUUGCGGAUCAACAAUAUCCCAGAAAACCUCAGUGGACGAAUCACACGUUUCUUGCAGUACACUUACCACCAGCGAGAGAAGAACGCCCGUGAUCCUUACAUCCUGGACUAUCUCUCCAAAUCGCUCCAGGCUGAGCUCGAGUUCGCUCGAUACCGAGAUUGCCUCUCCCAGAUGAAUUUCCUCGAGCAGCUGCUGUCUGGUGAGUCCACGCAAGAAGAUCAGAUUGUGCAGACAUUGGCGCAGAGAGCAAUUGCCGUGCUGGACUCUGCAGAAGAUGAUGUGGUGUUUUGCAGCGGCUUUGAAGCUGAUGCAACCUAUUUUGCCCUUGAUGGUGCAUUGUGCUAUGUCCGGACGGGGCACUGCCCCUGUGAUGUGUCUCGGCAGUGGAUUUCUGAGAUGUGCCUUUGGACGGAGUGGUCCCAUGUCGGCGACCUUUCAUCCAUCAGCUUUGCGAAGCUGGUUGCAAUCAAUGUGGAGGAGUUUUGCAACAUCAUUCGGAGUGCUGGAGAUGUGCAG